AUGAUUCCCAGGGGAAGGUCGCGGGACGGGGAGGAGGGAUCUGCGAUGAAUCUUCCGCAGGAGUUGGUGGUGGGAGAGGCUCCGGCGCAGGAGGAGGGAGAGGUGUCAGCAGGGACUGGCGCGGGGCCUCGUGCCGCGGUCCCUUGCGGCGGCCCGGGCGCGCCCUCCGCCGCUGAUCCGGUGGUGCACCAGCAGGCAGAGGAUCAGCUACAAGAGGCGGAUCAGGAACCCGAGGAAGAGACAGUUGAACCGGCAUCUGAGGAGGCGGUCGAGCCGACACGGGCGAUGCCCGGGGUGACUGAGUGGACGACGAGGCCGGCGGCGCCGGCAGAGCAACACGGAGAUUGCGGCGGGAGGGACGAGACUGACGCUGCAUGCGCCGAAAUGCCUGCUUCUGCCGAGGACGAAGGACAGACGGAGCGCGUCCGGGAGGAGGAUGGUACAGUGGUCCCUGAGACCCGCGUCGCCUCUCCCGUCCCCCGCGGGAAGACUGCGAGGCUCCGCGCCCGACCAGCACCGCUGCGGCUUGGAUCAUCGCUGAUGCCCGCCGGCGGCGGGGACGGCGCGUAA